ACCACCAAUCCGAGUCGUCAAGGAAGGAAACGUCGAUCGCCGGCGACGAGAGCCACCGCCACCCUCUAUCUCCACCGACGCAGCACCGCCUUGGGCGGCGAGUUACGUCGCAGGAGAUCUCGCUGGUCAGUGCAGUUUGGAAUUUCAACCAGAAAAGUUGCAUUUUGGGAGAAAAAGGAAGCUGGUGAUUUGGUCAAAAAUGAAAAAGGAUAGCAGAUGGAGAAAGUUUUCUCUUUGGAAUAUCAUUCGGAUCAAUGAUAAUAAUGCUGGAAACUCAAGCAAAGGCAAAACAUCAGUUGAAUUUCGAGGAAGUCCCCGUUUCUCGACCUCUUCUUCUACGGCCAUUGGGAAAAGCAUUUCAGAAACAGAUUCACAAGUCGCGAGCAUGGUCUUCAAUGACCGCCUAUGUAGAGCUCCAAGCAUCAUAACUAGUGAGGCAAUCAGGAUUUUCGCGGCAACAUGGAAUGUUGGAGGAAAUACUCCCCAUGAAGGACUUAGCCUCAGUGACUUCCUUCCUGCUGAUGAUCACUCAGAUAUAUAUGUUUUGGGUUUUCAGGAGAUAGUUCCUCUGAAUGCCGGGAAUGUACUCGUAAUCGAGGACAAUGAGCCAGCGGCGAAGUGGCUAUCUCUAAUCAAUCAAGCAUUGAAUGGUGCCGGUGAUACAGAGACUGACAUCGAAUCACACUCAUCAUCUCCUUAUAUUGACUCUACCUCAAGAGGUGCAUUGUUCUUUCAGAAACUACCACUUAAAGCCGUUAGCAAAACUUUCAAAACGGAACAGGGACGCCGUCUGAGAGCCUGCAAUUGCCCUGCUGAAGCGACAAGGAAGUCCUACAGAGGGUCAUGUUUUAGUUGCCGGCAUGCUCACAUCAAUGACAGUGACUCAGAGGAGGAGGAAGAGGAGGAGGAAGAAGAGGAAGUUGUACAUUAUCCUAUUUCGGGUUUUUCGGUUAGGCCUACAAGUAGUAAGCAGAAGUAUUGCCUCAUAACCAGCAAACAGAUGGUGGGGAUUUUUGUCACUGUCUGGGUGAGGAGAGAACUUGUGCAGCACAUAGGACACCUACGAGUCGCUUGUAUCGGAAGGGGAAUUAUGGGUUGGCUUGGUAAUAAGGGAUGCAUCUCGGUGAGUCUGUCGUUGCACCGAACAAGCUUUUGCUUCAUUUGCAGUCACUUGGCUUCGGGGGAGAAAGGAGGAGACGAGCUGAGAAGGAAUUCUGACGUUUCAGAAACACUGAAACACACACAAUUCAGGAAGGUCUGCAGAAGAGCCGGUCGAAGAAUACCCGUAAAGAUUCUCGAGCAUGACCGUGUCAUAUGGUUGGGGGAUUUGAAUUACCGGAUUUCUUUGAGCUACAGUGAGACCAAAAAACUUCUCGAGGAUAAUAACUGGCAUGAGCUUUUCGAGAAGGAUCAGCUUAAAAUUGAAAGAGAAGCUGGGAGAGUGUUCAAGGGGUGGAAUGAAGGGAAGAUCUACUUCGCUCCCACUUAUAAGUACUCGAACAACUCGGACACUUAUGCCGGAGAGGGUGCAACGUCAAAGAAGAAACGAAGAACACCUGCGUGGUGCGAUCGCAUUCUCUGGAAUGGUGAUGGAAUUGUGCAGCUGUCUUAUAUCAGAGGGGAGUCUAAAUUUUCAGAUCAUCGACCGGUAUGUGCCGUGUUUGUGGUGGAGGUUGGGGUGAAUGAUGAUAGAUCAAAGAAUUUAACCACUCCUAACAUGAGAGUUGGUGCAGAAGAGAUUUUGAAUAGCAGAGGAGGCAGUUGCUAGCGCUUACAAGUAUGUGAAAACGCAUGUAAAGCAUGAAUGCGAAAAUCGCCGCAUACAUCAUUCAUGUGAAUCAUUUGUACCAUAUGUUUCUUCCUUGCAUAUGGUUUAUACAACUUACUCCUGGAGAAGGGUACAAAUAGAAUAAGAGAGAUUGGAAAUGCUAUAA